AUGGCAUAUUCUCGGCGGCUACUCUUGUUCGAUCGAAAAGAAGUAGACUUACUGGGCGGCGAAAAUCUGUUUUCUAAGCUGCAAACCGUUAGCACCAACUGCACAGCAUAUGGUCGUGGUCACAUAUGGUUUGGGGAUUCUUAUGGCUUUGUACAUCGUGUAGAUCGGGGUUUACACAUAACUUCAUUUCAAGCUCACGACAGCUGUGUUCACCUAAUGCAUCAAAUGAAGGAGCAUGAUUUACUCAUAACUAUUGGUGAAGACAAAACAAAGGAGAUCAAUUUAAAAGUAUGGAACCUUACAAAAUGGACAAAUAAAAUGACACCAUUUUGUUGUCGGGUCACAUCGGUCACUCCCUCUGGGCUUCCUCUUGCUUACGUUACUUGUUUGGCUAUAGACGAAGGUCUUCAUUAUAUGGUUUUGGGUCAUGUGAAUGGUAUAGUUCAGUUAUUCAAAGGAGACAUCACUCGUGAAAGGCAGUGUAAACGUUCUAUUCUCUAUGAAUUUCUAUGUCCUGUCACUGGGUUAGGUUUAUACGUCCCAAAUCAUCAUUAUCAUCAACAAAAUAAACAACAAAAUUGCGCGAAUAGUGAUCUUUCAAAUAUUAAUCAAUGUUUAGAUCCUAUUGUUUUCGCAGCUUCAGAGCAAAGUUUAAUGAGUUUCGUACUUGGUCAAAGAGAGAAAAUUAAGUAUAAGACUGUACUGGACCGGUUUGGAGUACGACCUCACUGUACAACUAUGCUAUUUACUGAUGAUAUUACUGGAGCCAGUCCUCAGUUUGCUGUGGCAUGUUCAGAUGCUGUAUACUUCUACAAUUGGGAUGGUAGGGGACCUUGUUUAGCUACAGAUGGCGAAAAAAUUGCUUUAGAAACAUACAAAAAUUAUUUGAUUAUACUGAAAAAUACCGGAGAAUCACUAGUCAAUUCCUAUAACCCAUUUUUAAACUUAUCAUAUAAAAAUAAAGAUAUAAGGAAAUCAUUGUCAUCCUCAUCAUCAGCUGUAGCAACAACAACAAACACUACUGCAACGACAACAGGGACAGGAACAACACUUCCACCACCGCUCCCAUCAUCUCAAUCAUUUAAUUAUAUUACUUCGGGUACAAUUGUUAUCCAAGAUUAUAAUAAUAAAUUUGUUGCUGGUGAAUUUCAUUUCACCUACUUCAAAGCAUUAUUCAUUGAGUGGAAUGGUAUUUAUUUAUUGUGUGGAAAUGAAUGUUUCAAUCAAUCAAUAGAAGAUACAUUGAAUAAUAAAGAUGAGGAUGUUGUUGGAACAACUUCGAAAAUGAUUUGUUUAACUGAAAAAGAUACUCAAAUUAAGUUGGACAUGUUAUUUUCAAAAAAGAAUUUCAAUUUAGCUAUUGAGAUAGCUAAAUCUCAACAUUUUGAUGAAAAUGAAUUGGCUCACAUAUUUUGGCGUUACGCUGAUCACCUUUAUAAACAAAAAGAUUAUGAUGCAUCUAUUCGUGAAUAUAUCAAAACAAUUGGUAAACUUGAAGCGUCAUUUGUUAUCCAGAGAUUUCUUGAAGGCAGUCACAUCAUUCAGUUAACUACUUAUUUAGAAGCAUUAAAAGAACGAAACUUGUCAACAAGUGAUCAUUUAAUAUUACUCCUUAACUGUUAUUGUCGAUUACAAGAUGUAGAUAAGAUAGAACAAUUUGUUAAAGCUCCUAUAAAUCCAAUGUUAGACAUAACAUCAGCUUUGCAUGUUUUAAAGCAAUCAAAAUAUAUUAAUGCAGCUGUCAAACUAGCUGAAAAUACUGACCGAUACAUAGACUGUAUAGGCCUUUUAAUAGAAGACUUAAAUGAUGGUAAAUCAGCACUUAAAAUGAUCAACAGGUUGAAUUUCGAUGAAGCAUUGAAAUCUAUCAGUGAAUAUGGACAUCAGUUGAUCACUCGUUGUCCUGAGGAUACAAUUAAGCUUUUGGACAAACUAUGUGCUCAUCCGGAUGCUAGUCGAAUCAAUGUACAACACUUCUUGAAAGUGUUUGUCAACAAUCCUAAAGGUUUAAUGCAGUUUCUUGAUCGUUACAUCAAUACGGCUUCACCUUCUAAAUUGGUUGCAGGAGUUGUGGAUACAUUCUUAGAAUUAUUAUUAUAUGAAGCGAAUCGAUUGGAAGCUGAUAAAUCAAUGACCAAUGAAGAAUCAGUUCAACUAUUUCAAAUGGCGAUGCAAUUAUUAUCGAAUAGUGAGCUGCAAUACGAUGAAAAGAAAGCUUUAGUUGUUUGCCAUCAGCGACAAUUUUACAAAGGUUGUAUCUAUUUAUGGGAGAAACAAAAGUUAUAUGAUCAAAUCCUUCGAUAUUACAUAUCACAAGAUAUGAAUGAAGAGAUAAUGAGUGUAUGUGAAGAUUAUGGUAACCAAAUGCCCAAUUUAUGGCUUACUGCUUUGAUUAAUUACGCACACAAACCCGAACAUUCAGAUAUUCUUAAACGAGUCAUAGAUCAAGUGGACCGUUUAAAUCUGGCAUCACCACUUGUUGUCCUACAGUUAUUGUGUGAUAGUGAUCAUGAAAAUUGUUGUAAUGUUGGAACGAUACGUGAUUAUCUUCUACGCCACUUAGAAGCUGGCAGUAAUCGAAUUAACAGUAUGAAAAAUGAAGUGGAUCGUCUCCGUAAGGAAACAAUGCAUAAUCGUGAAGUAGUACGUAAAUUAAACAAUCAAGUGAAAAUAUUCCAACAACAAAAGUGUCAGCUGUGUCAUCAAAGUCUGGACCCUCCAUCAAUCCAUUUUUUAUGUGACCAUUCUUAUCAUAGGGCAUGCUUUGACAACUAUGCUUAUGGUGAUCAACAAUGCCCUCAAUGUGCACCUCAAAAUAAGAAAUUGUUGGCCGAAAUCAAUAAUACCUUGCCAAUUAAUAAAUCAAUAUCUGGGAAUGUUAAAGAAUCACCUGAUCAGUUAUUAAUUCAACUGAAAACUGCAUUAGAUCUAGCGAAAGAACUACCUACUACUAAAGAAUCUCGUAAUAUACCUUCUUUUGCAAAUAACAUUUCCACUACAACUUUGGUGACCGAUUUCAAUUCAUCAUCAAUUCAUUCUCCACUUUUAAGUAAAGCUCUAUCUAAUGUUUUAGCUCAGAGUUCUGGGCUAUUAACUAAUCAAAGUAAAUCAAUCGGUAGUCAAAAUCUAAAAAAUGCUAAUCAUGAUGAUGUCAUGUCUGUAGAUAAACAAUCCAUUGGAUCAUUGAAAGUUUCAACUUCUUAUAAGUCUCCAACAUUACCUAGAAAUUCUUUGUCGAAUCAGACUACUUUGACUUCGACAAAUGCUAAAACUCCCUAUACUGCUAGUGAUUAUCACAGUUCAUCAACCAACCCUUUUGAAUUGGAAUCAUCUAUGUCUGUUGGUUAUUUCUCAUCUACUAAUCCAGCUCAAUCUAACUUAUCUGUACAUAAACCAUUAAAUCCAUUUGAUGAGACCAGUGAUUCUGUCAAUUUUAAUGAUGAUGAGGGUGAUGGUAAUGAAAAUGUAACAUCUCAUUCAUUUAGUCAUAGAUCUGAACAUCAUGAGUCUGUGGAUGUGGGUUUCAAUGAAUCUCUGACCGGUGAACAGCAACGACAACAAAAUGUUUCUAAGCCACGAUCAUUAAAUCCUUUCGAUUGGGAUUAA